AUCUACAUUGAUACAUUCUACAUAACAAACACAAGGGUCAAUUUUACCUUAAAUCAUGUACUCCAACUGUCAACACUCGUCUUCUUAGCAUACAUACACUAAUGUCACUCACUUAAACUUUCCACUUUAACCUCUCUCUCUCUCUCUCUCUCUCUCUCUCUCUCUCUCUCCUAACUCUAAUUCUUUUGAUUGUGAUCUACUAGACCAGUGUGUGGAUCUAUAUUCUCUUUAGUGAAACAGAAGAAGAAGAAGAAAGAAGCCUCUUUUCGAGUGUGAACUGUCAUAGGUUUAACCGUUCGAUAGAAAACUGCUGAGUUAAUGGGUUCUAAAAGUGCCGCAUUAGGCAACAAAACACGAAGGCCUUUGUCGAUUUUCGCUGUGAUUGCUCUAUGUUGUUUGUUUUAUCUAUUGGGAGCAUGGCAAAGAAGUGGUUCUGGAAAGGGAGACAGCCUUGCAUUGAAGGUAAAUAAGUUGCAGACAGACUGCAACGUUGUGCCAAAUUUGAGUUUUGAACCCCAUCACAAUUAUGUAGAAACUGUUGAAUCGUCUGAACCGAAAGCUAAAGCGUUCAAGGCGUGUGAUGUAAAAUAUACUGAUUAUACGCCUUGCCAAGAGCAAGACCGAGCAAUGUCGUUCCCGAGGGAAAACAUGAUCUAUAGGGAAAGGCAUUGUCCACCUGUAGAGGAAAAAUUGCAUUGCCUUAUACCUGCACCCGAGGGCUACACAUCUCCUUUUCCUUGGCCGAAAAGCCGCGAUUAUGUCUACUAUGCUAAUGUUCCUUACAAGAGUUUGACAGUGGAGAAGGCUGUUCAAAACUGGGUGCAAUUCCAGGGAAAUGUGUUCAAAUUUCCAGGUGGAGGGACCAUGUUCCCUCAAGGAGCAGAUGCAUAUAUUGAUGAACUUGCAUCGGUUAUUCCAAUUGCAGAUGGUUCUGUCAGAACAGCGUUGGACACUGGUUGUGGAGUUGCAAGUUGGGGAGCAUACUUGCUAAAGAGAAAUGUGCUAGCUAUGUCCUUUGCUCCAAAGGAUAAUCACGAAGCACAAGUUCAGUUUGCACUCGAACGAGGAGUACCUGCUAUUAUUGGUGUUCUUGGUACAAUCCGUCUUCCAUUCCCAUCAAGGGCCUUUGAUAUGGCACAGUGUUCUCGAUGUUUGAUACCAUGGACUGCAAAUGAUGGGAUGUAUCUAAUGGAAGUUGACCGAGUUUUAAGGCCUGGUGGAUUUUGGAUUUUAUCUGGUCCUCCAAUUAAUUGGAAAACGUACUACCAAACAUGGAAGCGAUCAAAGGAGGAUCUGAAGGCAGAGCAGAAAAAAAUUGAGGAUUUAGCCGAAAGUCUUUGCUGGGAAAAGAAGUAUGAAAAGGGUGAUAUUGCUAUCUGGAGGAAGAAAAUAAAUGCUAAAUCCUGUCAAAGAAAGUCUCCCGAUUUAUGCGAAUUAGAUAGUGCUGAUGAUGUUUGGUACAAAAAGAUGGAGGUAUGCAAAACCCCUAUCCCUGAGGUAACAAGCAAAAGUGAAGUUGCCGGAGGGGAAUUGAAGAAGUUUCCUGCUAGGCUUUUAGCGGUCCCUCCUCGAAUAGCUAAGGGCUUUAUUCCAGGCGUAACGACUGAAUCAUAUCAAGAGGACAACAAAUUAUGGAAAAAGCAUGUUACUGAGUACAAAAGAAUAAAUAGAUUGCUUGGCACCACUAGAUAUCGGAAUUUGAUGGACAUGAAUGCAGGCCUUGGAGGAUUUGCAGCCGCGCUUGAAUCGCAAAAAUCUUGGGUGAUGAAUGUUGUGCCCACAAUUGCUGACAACACUUUAGGUGUUAUCUAUGAAAGAGGUUUGAUUGGGAUUUAUCAUGACUGGUGUGAAGGCUUUUCUACAUAUCCAAGGACAUAUGAUCUUAUUCAUGCUAAUGGGUUAUUUAGUUUGUACCAAGACAAGUGCAACCUAGAAGACAUCCUUUUGGAGAUGGACCGCAUCCUGCGGCCCGAAGGAGCGAUCAUAAUUCGCGAUGAAGUCGAUGUUCUUAACAAGGUUAAAAAAAUUGUUGGGGGAAUGAGAUGGGAAGCUAAAAUGAUGGAUCAUGAGGAUGGCCCACUAGUGCCUGAGAAGAUAUUGGUUGCUACAAAGGAAUAUUGGGUUGGCAUAAGUAAAAACAACACAUCCAGUUAGAGGACUAAAAAAGAAAAUGUCUUCAAAGCUUAGUGUAACAUUUAAGCUUUAUAAUUAUAAACCCAAAUCAAAGAAAUGAAAAAAGUUGAUGAAUAAAAAUGAAAAGAGAGAAGAUUAAUUAAUAGAGAAAGCAAGUAAAAGCCUUAGUCUACGUCUGCCUUUAAUCAAGUGUAGAACUGUAGAUAAAAUUAGUUAAAAAUAGUCUAAUUUAUUUUGGAGGAUAUACUAAAACAAGUUUUAGAUCCUCACCCAAAUAAAUUAAGCCAAGAUGUUGAAUUGGUGUUGAGAUGGGAAUGAGUGUUCAUGAAUGAUGUAAGGAUAUUUAUUUGUUGCAAUUAUAUUCCGUUUGUUAUUUAAAAAAAAAGGUUGUUUGUGUUCCAUUUGCU